AUGAAACUCGAGUAUGGCCAAGGGCACAAACAGAGAAUAGGACUCGUUACAUACGAACCUAGCCCUCACCUCGGAUUCGUGAUACGUGGACAACCUGGGUUGCGCAUGCGAGAUAGCAGGUGGUGUCAGAAAUACUCGAGGUGUUUCAAGGGUCUGCAAUUCGUGGAGGCUGAUCCCCAUCAAGGGUCCAGGCGUCUGACCGAUAUUUGGCCGGCAUUCUUUUUCUGGAGGACAGACUUCCAGAAGAUGGUCCCUAAUGUGCCUGGACAGGACAGAGAUCUUCACGGAAUCUCAAAUAGAUAG